AUGGACGCCUGGUGGGACGGACACAACCAUAUUCAACUACUGGAGCCGCCUUUGUCUUUCCUGGCCUGCCGCUUGGAUGGCUUGGAGGGGUCCGGCAACAACGGAAAGAUACCCCAGAUGCUUUCUCCACCAUCUCCUGUGUGUAGUGAAGGGAGUAGAGAUGCCAUGCAGCUGGCUCAGGAGAAACCAUAUAAAUGCCUGGAGUGUGGGAAAUGUUUCAGUGAGAGUGGACGCCUUACUUCUCAUAAAAGAAUUCAUACAGGUGAGAAACCAUACAAAUGUCUAGAAUGUGGAAAAAGCUUCAGCCGGAGAGACAGUCUAAUUCCCCAUCAAAGAAUUCACACAGGAGAGAAACCAUAUAAAUGCCUGGAGUGUGGGAAAUGCUUCAGUCGGAAAGACAGCCUAACUAUCCAUCAAAGAAUUCACACAGGGGAGAAACCAUGUGAAUGCCUGGAGUGUGGGAAAAGCUUCAGUCACACUACAAGCUUGUCUUCCCAUCAGAGAAUUCACACCAGGGAGAAACCGUAUAAAUGUUUGGAGUGUGGGAAAAGCUUCAUUCGCACUAAUAGUUUGUCUUCCCAUCAAAGAAUUCACACAGGGAAGAAACCAUAUGAAUGCCUGGAGUGUGGAAAAAGCUUCAGUCGGAGUUCACACCGUACUAUCCAUCAAAGAAUUCACACAGGGGAGAAACCAUAUGAAUGCCUGGAGUGUGGAAAAAGCUUCAGUGAUAAUGGACACCUUACUGCCCAUCAAAGAAUUCACACAGGAGAGAAACCAUAUAAAUGCAUGGCAUGUGGGAAAAGCUUCGGUCACAGGAAAAGCUUGUAUUCCCAUCAAAGAAUUCACACAGGGGAGAAACCACAUAAAUGCCUGGAGUGUGGGAAAUGCUUCAGUCGGAAAGACAGCCUAACUAUCCAUCAAAGAAGUCACACAGGGGAGAAACCACAUGAAUGCCUGGAGUGUGGAAAAAGCUUCACUGAUAGUGGACAACUUACUGUCCAUCAAAGAAUUCACACAGGGGUGAAAUCAUAUAUAUGCCUGGAGUGUGGGAAAAGCUUCAAUCAGAGAUCACACCUUACUGUCCAUCAAAGAAUUCAUACAGGAGAGAAACCAUAUAAAUGCCUGGUGUGUGGAAGCAGCUUCAGAAAAAGAGUACACUUUACUGUCCAUCAAAGAAUUCAUACGGGAGAGAAACCAUAUAAAUGCAUGGAAUGUGGGAAAAGCUUCCGUCACAAUCAAAACUUCUUGUCCCAUCAAAGAAUUCACACAGGAGAGAAACCAUAG